AUGUCGACAGACGAAAAGAUUGCAGGUGGUGGCACUGCCGAGAUCAUUGACCGAGCAGACUCGAUCGACAGAGCCAAGAAUCUCGUCGAAGUCAAGGAAGUCAAGGGUAGCGCAGCCUACAAUGAGGCUCUGCUUCGAGAACCAGUCACCUGGUACUCCCCCCGCAUGUUACAGUUGUUUGCUAUCCUCUUGGUCGGCUUCUUCUGCCAAACCAUGAACGGCUACGACAGCAUGCUUUUGGGUGGUCUCCUGAACAACAAGGAAUACUUCUUGAAGCAUUUCGACGGAGAGAAUAAGGGUAUCUGGGCCGGUAUCAUCAGCUCUAUGCAUCAAAUCGGUGGUGUCUCCGCUCUUCCCUUCGUCGGCCCAGCUGUUGAUGGGUGGGGACGUCGAGUGGGCAUGUUUAUCGGCAGUCUGUUCAUCAUUAUCGGUACCAUCAUUCAGGGUCUUACAUUGAACAACGCCUCCGUCGGUCAGAUUAUGGGUGGUCGAUUCUUGAUUGGAUUCGGUGUCUCCAUCGCUGCUGCCGCAGGACCUAUCUGGAUCGUCGAAACCGCACAUCCCAAAUAUCGUGGUGUCAUCACUGGUCUCUGCAACACCACUUGGCUUGCUGGUGCCAUCUUGGCUUCCGGUGUAACUCGUGGCGCUCUUGAUAUCAAGGGUAACAACUCCUGGGUUCUACCUAUCUGGCUGCAAAUGUUCUUCCCUGGCUUCAUCGUCAUCUUCUGCUUGUUCGUCCCAGAAUCUCCACGUUGGCUCUACACUCGCAACAAGCGCGAUCAAGCACAUAAAGUCCUCACCAAAUGGCAUGGCCUGGACAACCCCGAGUCUGCCUGGGUUCAACUCCAGCUCAGCGAAUACGAGGAGUUCCUUGAGCUCGAUGGAUCUGAUAAACGCUGGUGGGAUUAUCGCGCAUUGUUCAACAAGAGAUCCAGCAUCUACAGACUUGCUACGGCCUGUUGGUUCUCUGCAUUUUCCCAAUGGUGUGGUAACGGGCCCCUCUCGUACUUCUUGGCCGCCGUCCUUGACACUUGUGGCAUCAACGACUCCAUUGGCAAGGCCAAUGUUGGACUCGGCUACAGCUGCUUCCAGUUCUUCUUCGCCAUUAUUGGCGCCCACUUUGUUGAGAAAAUUGGUCGCCGUAAGAUGAUGCUAUGUGGUUUCUUUGGAACCUCAGUUGUCUGGGUUUGCAUGACAGCUGCUGCUGGCACCCUCGCGAACUCUUUGGAAUCUGGUUCGGUUUCCGCUGGUGAUGCCGUCUUCAGCAACAACAGCGCCGCCAACGCAGUGUUGGCAUUCAUCUUCAUCUUCGGAGGUGUUUAUUCGUUCAACAUCACUCCUCUCCAGUCUCUCUACCCUGUUGAGGUCAUCUCCUUUGAGAUCCGAGCCAAGGGUAUGGCCCUCCAGACUGCCUUCGUCAACGCAGCCGGUCUCCUCAACCAGUUUGCCUGGCCCGUUGCCAUCAAGAACAUCGAGUGGAAGACAUACAUCAUCUUCGUCAUCUGGACCUUUUCUCAAGGUGUACUUGCAUAUUUCUUCUUCCCAGAAACCCGCAAGCGAACUCUCGAAGAACUCGAUCAUAUCUUCGAGGCCAAGAACCCCGUCAAGUUCUCCGUCCAGACCCACAAGGUCGGAAUCACCGAGGACGCGCAAGUUGUUGCUGUCGACGACUCAGUCAAGGUCUAG